AUGUCCGAGAACCGAUUUGUCCAAUUCAAGUUGGUGCUCCUUGGGGAGAGUGCAGUGGGAAAAUCCUCGAUAGUGCAUCGUUUUGUCAAAAACACUUUUGACGACAUGAGGGAGUCCACUAUUGGUGCCGCCUUCCUUACUCAAUCCAUCACAUUGCCUGAAUUGAAAACGACAGUUAAGUUUGAGAUCUGGGAUACCGCCGGCCAGGAACGUUAUAAGAGUUUGGCACCCAUGUACUACAGAAACGCAAACGCUGCGUUGUGUGUUUAUGACAUCUCAAGCCAGUCUUCCUUCACGAAAGCUCAGGACUGGAUCAAGGAGUUGAAGAAGAGGGCGCCCGAAGGCAUCGUCCUCGCACUAGUGGGUAAUAAGGCUGACUUGGCCGAUGAAAGAGAAGUCGAGGAGACCGAGGUUGAACAGUAUCUAGAGCAGCUCAAUCAGGAGGCCACCGCUGCUGGAGAGGCCCCCACAAAGGUUGUACACAAGGAGUGCUCCGCCAAAUCCGGCGAGGGUGUUCUCCAAAUUUUUGAUAGCAUUGCUCGUGCCUUGCCCCUUGAGGAGGCAAAUGAUAGAGCUACUCCACAACCUGGGAAGAGGGUGGAUCUUGGAAGACAUCAAACACAGCGGCCGCAACAGCUGGGCUGUUGCUAA